CAUGCUAACGAUCCCCCGCCUCUGCCUUGAACAAAAAGUCUUAGUAGAUUGUGUGAAAAAACACAAAUUUGCAAAAAAAAGUACUGAUUUCACUGUCUACCUGUGUGUUCACAAGUCAUGAUUAUAAUUAAUCAGCUACUGUCAAAUAAUCUGCCAGCAAAGUUACUGAUAUUUUAUUCUCACAUUUACAACAAGUUAAAGACAAACUGGUCAUUGCAGAAAUGGAGGACUUUUAGCAAAUAAUUUUGAUUUUAUUCAGACUGGAGAUGUCAUGUGGAGGCAGGCCUAAACCUCGUGUUUACAAACAGGAUGAAUGAUGGUCUCAGUAAGUCUCUAAGUGGGGAAUCAGUCCAGAUGGAGUGUGGGAGUCUUUCCUGCCCUGCCUUCUCUCUGACUGCUGUACCGACUGUCACUUGACAGUUGUUCAUUAACGCAUGAAGGACAAGUAGACCAGCCCCGUACCAAGGAGGAGGAUUAUUGAUCUCAGGCUUUCAGUAGAGGAACAACUAGUGUGAGGACGGCUAUUCUUGUCUUCAAACCACUUUUUUUUUUGUCUUUACUAAAAGUGGUUGUGAUCAAGAUCUCAGACAUAAGCCUAUUUAUUUAUUUUUUGCGAAUCUGGAUGCUGGAGAGUAAAUCAAGAGACAGAGUGAUUUCUGCCUCGUCAUUGAAGACUACUUCUGUUUUUGGAUUUACGUCAUCGAUGGAGAUAAUCUGCUCAGGAGGAAGAAUGUAAUUAAACUUGCUGUUAUCUGAACAGAGUUAUAUAUUUUUGACAUGUAGAAACUCUGGACAAGACACAGAUUUCUGAGAGAAAAAGGAAAAUCUCAAGAUGUUCAGCUCACACAGUUUACCUUACCUGGGAGUGUUGAUCAUGGCAGUGGCUGCCAACAAGGUGCUGCAGGACUGUCUGGACUCCAAACGUGAAUACACCUUGAAUGUUGUGCUGCUCGCAGAAACACUUGCAGAUGUGGAGGACGCGGUGGAACGAGCCAUUGAAGAGGACAGGCAGGAGAACGAAAAAUAUGGUUUAAACUUCACUCUGAAGGCUACCUACAACGGGUUCAACACCAGUAUGUACAACCGGCAGGGCUGUGGGAGCAGUACCUGUGAGGGUGUGGCAACACUCAAGAUGUUGCAUAGAGAACGUAAAGUUGGAUGCAUCAUGCUGGGGCCUUCCUGCACUUAUGCCACCUUCCAGUUAGUGGAUGAUGAUAUUGGCCUGAGCCUGAGCAUUCCCAUCAUCUCUGCCGGGAGCUUCGGUCUCUCUUGUGACUAUAAGCCUAAACUGACCCGAAUUCUGCCUCCGGCACGCAAGAUCUCAGACUUUUUCCUCAACUUUAUGAUGAAAACUUUGUCGUUUAAAGACAUAUGGAACAAGGUCUAUGUCUACAAGAAGUCUGGUGAUGUAACUCAAGACUGUUUCUGGUACAUCAAUGCACUGGAAGCACCCUCUGCUAAAUUUGCUUCAGGGACAGAAAGAGAGAUGCUGCGUGGGGAGGACGAGCUAAUCCGUGACCUCACUGCUAAGAAAAGACUCAGUAACAUUUUCAUCUUAUGUGGGCAACCCAGUGACAUUGUUUCCAUCAAGGGGAAGGUGAAAAAUAUUCAUGAGGACAUCAUGUUCAUUCUCAUUGAUGUCUACAACCCUGAUUAUUAUGUUAACAAAACAGCCAAUAAGGAUAUGCAGAAUGUCCUGGUGAUCACACUUCCACAGAGGAACUACAUUGGAUCAAACUUAUCAUACAACGGCACGAUAAAUGACCUUGUGGCUGGGUAUCAUGAUGGGACUCUGCUGUUUGGCAAAUUACUCAGACAGUGGCAGCUCAGUCGACAACUUAACAAGGGAACCUCUGAUGUGCCUCUGAGUGACAACCCUUUUGGAAAUGCCUCCUUGCACGGUGGUUGGGGAGGAGAUUAUCUGCUAGAUGAAUAUGGCGACAGAGAAGUUAACUUCACUAUGAUUUACACAUCAACUGUAACUGGCAAGUAUGAAACCCUGUUAAUAUUUGACACGUCGAAAAAUGAAACCACAGAGAUAGACAUAAACCCCGCCCUGCCCUGGAAAGAUGGUCUCCUGCCUCGUGAUGUGCCAGAAGAUUCAGAUGACUUGGAUAUGCAGGAUGUGAUUGUGAUCGUUCUGAGUCUCAGUGUUGUCGUGGUGACAGCCAUUGCUCUCAUUUUCUACAGACAGAACAGGAAAGAGCGUGAUAUGCAGAAAAAGUGGUCUCACAUCGACCCGCACCUGAUUGGUCCGUUGGAUGAGAAGGAGGUCUCUCUGAAGAUCGAUGACGAUAAGAGGAAGGACAGCGCAUACUUCUCUCAUCGAGGUCGCUAUGACAAGAAGCCUGUAAUCUUGAAGGAGCUCAAACACGCAGACAGAGACUUCACAGAGGACCAGAAGAUUGAGCUUAACACUCUGAUGCGCAUCGAUUAUUACAACCUGACCAAGUUCUAUGGCACAGUGAAGUUUGAGUACGGCGUGUUUGGCGUGUUUGAGCUGUGUCAGAGGGGCUCUCUCAGGUACAUUCUGAAUGACAGGAUCUCCUACCCAGAAGAAACCUUCAUGGACAUGGAGUUUAAGAUAUCAGUCAUGUAUGACAUAGCAAAGGGUAUGUCAUAUCUCCACUCUAGUAACAUUCAGGUCCACGGUCGCCUCAAGUCCACCAACUGUGUGGUCGACAAUCGCAUGGUGGUCAAGAUCACUGACUUUGGCUGCCACACCAUCCUGAGACCAGGCAGAGAUGUGUGGAUGGCCCCGGAGCAUCUCCGAGAGAAUGGAGUGUCUCAAAAAGGCGAUGUCUACAGCUAUGCCAUCAUUGCCCAUGAGAUCAUUAUGAGACGGGCCCCGUUCUAUACAGAGUGCUGCUCUAACAUUGCAGAGAAGCUCCACAGGGUGCAGUUUCCCAGUGAGACAGCUGUCUUCAGACCUGACCUCAACUUUGACGGUGUAUCAGAGAGAGAGACUGAGUUGUACAUGCUGAUAAAGAACUGCUGGGAUGAAGAUCCAGAACGAAGGCCAGAUUUUAAGAGAAUAGAGUUAACUCUGGGUAAGAUUUUCAGUAACCUGCACAACCAAGACAGUGAGACGUACAUGGACAACCUGAUCCGUCGCCUGCAGAUGUACUCCAGGACUCUGGAGCAUCUGGUGGAGGAGAGAACCUCUUUGUAUAAAGCUGAGAGGGACAGAGCUGAUCGCCUCAACUUUAUGCUACUUCCUGGCCCGGUGGUGCGUUCACUGAAGGAGACUGGCAGAGUGGAGCCAGAGCUGUUUGAAGAGGUGACCAUUUAUUUCAGUGACAUUGUGGGAUUCACCACCCUCUGCCAUUACAGCACCCCCAUGGAGGUGGUUGACAUGCUCAACAACAUCUACAAGAGCUUUGACAGCAUCCUUGAUCACCAUGAUGUCUACAAGGUCGAGACAAUAGGGGAUGCAUAUAUGGUUGCCUCAGGUUUGCCCAGACGCAACGGUGACAGGCAUGCAGUGGACAUCGCCCACAUGGCGCUGGACAUCCUGGCAUUCGUAGGGACCUUUGAGUUGCAGCACCUGCCUGGCAUCCCUCUGUGGAUCCGUAUUGGUGUGCAUUCAGGACCGUGUGCAGCAGGAGUGGUAGGGAACAAGAUGCCUCGUUACUGUCUUUUCGGAGAUACAGUCAACACCACCUCACGCAUGGAGUCCACGGGCCUGCCUCUGAGAAUUCAUGUCAGUCAGUCCACCAUCAACAUCUUGAAGAGGACAGACUGCCAGUUUGAGUAUGAAAAGAGAGGAGAGACGUACCUGAAGGGUAAAGGCAAAGAGAUGACAUACUGGUUAACAGGGGUGACUGGGGGAAAAUACAACCUGCCGACACCACCAACAGCGGAGAACUUCCAGCGGCUCCAGCAGGACCUGGCGGAAAUGAUCGUGUCCAGUCUGGAGAAGCGUGGAAAUGGGAGCGACAGCUUCAAAAAGAGGAAGACACUGUCCACCAGAAUACGUCAGAGAGACACCAACGGCAGCCUGCAGAGGGACGGCCCACCAGAGUACUUCCACCUGGCUGUCACUGAUGACCCCAGUACCUACCUGUGAUUACAGAGGAGCUUCCCAUAUAAUAUCGGCCAAGAGGUAGCCAGUGCCUGUCUGAAUGAACACAGCUGGAGGUCUUUGGACAGCUCUUGGGGUGACAGUGGAGCAACAGUGAAACAAGCAGGCAUAUUAAAAGUGAGACUCAUGUGUUGAUGUAAUGAUAAAUGUGCCUGCCGCAGGGUCUCAGGCCUCUGUAUAUCCCCCUGAUGUCCAGUCUUCUCUCACUUACCCUCAAGAAAUACCAUCCCUCUGCCACAGUCAGUAGAAUGAACAGUUUACAUUAAUUUGUCUAAAAUCCACCCUUAGAUAAUGUUAUAUAUCAUUCUAGAUGUUUGGUGGAUUUUGUUGAGGUAGAAAAAGUGUUAAUAGUAAGCCCCUCUUCUUUUAUUGUGAGUGACACUAAACCCCGACAUUUUCUGUCAUAGAAAGUGGAACAUUUUCACCUGAACGUCACUGUGCUGUAAUGUACAUCAUUACAUUUAACCUGUUAAUAAUGGGGAUUAAAAAUGAACUUGACUCAACAAUAAACCUGGCGCUGUAAUUUGCAGAGUGCAUACUAGAUAUGUUUUUUGUAAGUGUGGAAGAAGACACCACUUUUUAAUGAGACAUAAUCUAUGAUGUGUUUAUCAGUUGCUGUUUUGCAACAGUGUUUAUUUUGAUACUAAAACUUAGGGGCGCCAAAGUCAGAAAUUUUCUAAAUCUACAAAUUGUGGCUUUAAAUUGC